AGAGGUCGAGAGAGAUAGAGGGAGGAUUGAGAGAACGAAAAGAGAAAAAAUUAUAUUUGGUGGAUGUGAUCUGAAGGGAGCGUGGUGGAACAGGGUGACCAAGCUGAACCACGACGAGAACGCUCAAGACUCCUUGGCUGACGACAGUUACUGACUGGACUGUUAACUUGCGAUAAAGAAGCAUGGACCUUGAUGUAGAGGGGAUUAUCCGGUGUAUCAGACAGGGGGAUGAGGGUGGUGUUGAGACCAUACUCCAGGCCUUCAACAGAGAGUAUGCUCAGUGUUUCUUCUACGAUGCAGAGGAGAGGAACAGGAGAAAACAAAGAGAACUUGAGGAGUUCAGAAAGAACAAAGUCCGUGAUUACGAGGACGACUCCGACUCCGACUGUGACGACAGUAUGGAGGACCAUAACAUCGUCCUCCGACAGAGUUUGACUACUGUCCUGAUGCGGUACAUCCAAGCAGAGACCCAACCUGGGGGCCUCAGAGUCUGUCUACGCACCCUACGGAUCCUCUCCAGGGACAAAAAGGUUUUGACCCCCCUGCUCAGCGACUCUGCCAUCCUCACCCUGGCCAAACUUGCCGGUGUGACGACAAACACGGCGCCCGAGGACGGCAACAACGACCUCGACUCCGACCUAUACGAGGACGUCAUGGCAACGCUCAUGGAGGCCAAAGCGGCAUGGCUGGAGAGUGGCCAGGGAUGCGACGGCAAGGAGGAGCAGGAGGAGGGGGAGGAGGAGGGGGAGGAGGGGUGCUGCGCUGAGGGCGGGGCAGACGAUGCAGAGAGCAACGUGAGCAACACUAACAGCGGUGAACGGGACGGCAGCGGGGAGCACGAUAGCCGGAGCGGCAGCCCCCACAGCAGCCGACGCUCCGGGGUCCACGCAGCACUCGCCAGGGGAAAGAAGGACCGCAGACAGAGCAGAGUAGAGAAGAAGAUAAGGGAGGGGGAGGAGGAGGAGGGGGAGGAGGGGGAGGAGGAAGGGGAGGAGGUGGCGCAGAGGAAAGAGGCGCUGAAGAUUCUGUGUAACGUGGUUUACAACAGCAUCUGGGCACAGGAGAGGUUUAGCAGUCUCAGGAUCUUAUCAGGUGUUUUAGACAGAGUGGCCAAGGGCACCAACAUGCCAGCGCCCCCCAGUGGACAGUUCUAUGAACUACGACUGCUGUUUCUGCUCACGGCUCUGAGACCAGAGCUGAGAGCUCAGCUCCACAGGAGGGCGGGGGUGUCGGUGCUGACCACAGCCCUGGAGCACUGUCUGUGUGUGCAGUGGAAGACUCAGUACGAGGUGCUGCUGGAUCCCACAGCGCCCCCUGUCCCCCAGGAGGCGUACCAGCGGGCAGUGGAGAUACUCAAGGUCCUCUUCAACAUCACUUACUGCACCCACAGACUGGAGCCCGACCAGGAAGAUGCAGCUCUAUAUCGCCACCUGGUGGCUGUGCUGCGCUUCUGUCUGAUGCAGCCCUGCGAAGAGCAGGAGGACACGAACAACCUGCAGGGCCACACGGUGAACCUGCUCUCUGCGCUGCCCCUCCCGUGUCUGGAUGUGCUGCUGGCCGUGCCUCUGGAGCCCCACUCCCUGCAGAGCCAGGGGGUCAACAUGGACUGUGUCCACGCACUGAUGCUUGUCAUGGAGAGACGCCUGGACAGUGGUGAGAAGGUCAAGGAGAAGCUGACCCCUAUACUGAACCUGCUGACUGAGAGCUGCAGGGCCCACAGGGAGACUCGUCUCUACCUCCGCACCCACAUCCUGCCUCCCCUGCGCGAUGCCAGCCUCCGGCCAGAAGAGGGGUCCACUGUGAAGAGCAAGUUGAUCAGGCUGAUGACCCACAUGGACACCGACCUGAAGCACUGUGCUGCCGAUCUCAUCUUCGUACUGUGCAAGGAGAACGUGAGCCGCUUCGUCAAGUACACGGGAUACGGCAACGCGGCGGGGCUCCUGGCCACCAGGGGGCUCCUGGGAGGUCAGAGGUCAAAGUGCACAGGAGGCCAGUACUCCAGCGACUCAGACUCAGACACCGAGGAGUACCGCCAGGUCAAAGGUCGGGUCAACCCGGUGACAGGGCGCGUGGAGGAGGAGCUGCCAGAUCCCAUGGAGGGGAUGACGGAGGAGGAGAAAGAGGAGGAGGCGCAAAGGCUGGUGAUGCUGUUCAACAAGCUGACCAGGGACAACAUCUUCCAGCCAAUGGGAGUGGAUGCUGAGGGUAAGCUGGUGCCGAUGGCGUGUCCGGGAGAUAGCCUAUCAGAGGAGAGAGAGUCUGGUGCAGAGAGCGACGACCUAGACAACGUAGAGGAGUAGCGUCUGUAGGACACGCUGUUUGUCUACAUGAUACACAUAGAGCUCCAUCUAGUCUAGUGUAUAUAUAUUUCUACACUUUAAAAUGUUUGGUUUAUUGGCUUUUUGAGUCGGAGGAGAACAGCUUUGGUGACAAUGUUAGAUUACGGAAUGAAAAAAUGUCAGUUCCAAAUUUACGUUUUGUGAUGUUGUUUUACAUUUACUUCUGUUUUAUUUCCUUAAUGCUUAAUUAUGAAUGAAGAUUACAGAACACCCUUGAUAUAAUUAAUUAAGAGUUCAGA